CGCACGAGACAGGCACGAGAGCGAUUAAAGCGGAGUAUCGCGAGAGAACGUGUCGCGAGUUUAUUUACGGGGUCUAAUCGUAUGAUAUAAACUAAGGGGGACAGAGAGAGGGAAAAAGAGAGAUGUUCCAAAAGUAUCCGGCAAACGAUCGAACGAAGAGCUAGAAGAAGGACGCAGCAAAGAAGAGUCAGAACACUCUAGGGAGUCCCGUUUUGUGCACUUGACACGUAGCGACACGUAGACGGCGUUGCUACAGACUCGGUUCCGUCGUCGUCGUCGUCGUCGAUGAGGAGGAGGAGGCCGCCGUAAGGUGCAGGAGCCAACAGCAGAGCAACGCCGCCCACCAGAGCGGAGGCAAGCAUGGCAACGUGAUCGCACCGCACUCUUGAAAGCGUGUCAGCUCUACUUGCCGUGAAGGCCGACGACGUUUCCGACGGUACUUUGACUUAUACAGAAACAAAAACAUCUGCACGAUCUCUGCCAUUUUGAUAGGCUUCCAUGUCAGAGACAAUGGCCGACGGCGACGCACCGAAGAAGAAGAAGACACAUACGGAAGAUGAAUGCACUUUCGCCUCUUUCGAGCGCGACGGUUAACCGUUACUGGCACACUCGUCGUCCCUCGAUCGUUCUUGCCUUCUCUGGAUCUCGCGCGCUGCUUCUCCACCGCUCACGAUCCCUCUUUUCCGCUCGCGCCGCCCUUCCACUUUCGCACCGUGGUACUGUCUGUACAUGCUGUGUCUCUUCGGACAACGACGACGGCGGCGGCGGCGGCGGCGGCGGCGACGGCGGCGGCGGCGGCAGCGGCGGCUACCCUUCGCCGGCCCUCGAUCACGAGCGCCCUCUACAAACUCCGAACUCAUCCGAAUAAUGUCGAAUCUUUCCGAUCGUCUAUCUCCUUCUACCCGAAAUACCCGCUAUUUUUUUCAAUCCAAGCGUUCGCCGACACUAUUCUAUUCUAUUAUCUCCUUUCGACUAAUUUUCUACAUAUAUGGAAUAAUAUCAUUUUCAACGCUUUUAUUUCACAUCCAUACAUAUUAUCGUCGAUCGAUCGAUAUCCAUCUCUUAUUUACGUACGUACGUAUAUUUGUUUAAUAUCGUUGAUACGCCUCGAUCUGAAAUAAACUAAUAAAACGUGCUCGUUUCUACGACGAAUCUAAUCAAAAUAUAAAUUAUUGAGAUAUAUGACCUGAACGUGAAUGUUAUCGAUCGAGCGACGUUUUCCUCGUACUCCGUCUGAACGCGUCGCAUACGUCCAAAUGAAAACUCUUACUGACGGAUCGGUAAACUUCGUGAACAUUCGUACCGAUAAUAGUAAAAGAUCAUUGGACCGAUCUCCAACGUUUCUCUCCGUAAUAAUUUACGGCAAUAAAUGACGUCACGCGUAUAACCAACAACGCGCUCACUCUGAUAUGAUUCUGAGUAGCAUGCUGCCAGUAAUGAAAGGAACCGCCACUCGACGCGUAUUUCCUCGACGGUUUUUACUAUUUUUUGUAACUAACAAGCUUAUCGCUAUCAUACUUACGACGCAUGAAUUCCUUUUCCUAACUAUUUUUCCAUUAGUUGUUAUCGUAUCUGAAAAAAGGAAAAAAUCCUUUUAUUAUAAAAAUUACCGCGAAAUAUUGACGGAUUCUCGAUAUUCCGAAGCAUAUGUACAUUUUUCACGACAAAGAUGUCGAACGUUUAACGAAAGAAGAAAGGUGGAAGAGGUAAAAAAGGAAGGAAAGAAACGAAAAUAAUUGACGAGUAUCAACUCCGUCGCGAUUUAAGAGGGAGAAUGGAAACGGAGGAUUUAAAUAUGGACGAAGAAAUUGAAGAAAAACUACCUGAAAAAGUAGCCGCGGAAGUUUCUUCAGAAAUUAAAAUCGGUGGUAUAGAGGGAGGGGGUACGUAUUCCACGCUUGUAAUACUCAAUCAUAAAGGUGAAAAAUUGAUAGAAAUUAAGGGCCCCGAUACCAAUCAUUGGAUUCUUGGGAUAGAAGAAACGGCCGCUAGGAUUAACGCGAUGAUCGAGCAUGGCAAAGAACUAUUGGAUAUACCGAAAACGGUUCCCUUGGACUGCGUGGGUCUAAGCUUAAGCGGUUGCGAGGAAGAGACUACCAAUAAUCUUCUAAUUAAUAUACUUCUAAAGGAAUAUCCAAAUGCUGCUAAAGAUUAUUGCGUUAGUUCUGACACGUUAGGUAGUCUCAGAACUGGUUUGGAGAACGGUGGGAUCGUACUAAUCGCUGGAACAGGAAGUAAUGCCCUACUGAUUAAUCCGGAUGGAAAAUCUCAUGGAUGCGGUGGAUGGGGUUAUAUGAUGGGAGACGAAGGCAGCGCGUAUUGGAUCGCACAUCGAGCCUGCAAAUACGUUUUCGACGACAUAGACGACCUAGUGAAGUCUCCUCAUCCUAUUUCUUAUAUCUGGCCGGCGAUGAGAGACUUUUUUCAAGUGAAAGACAGAGCAGACAUAUUACCGUGUUUGUAUUCGAAUUUCGACAAGAGUAAAUUCUCCUUGUUCGCUAAGGAAAUCGCAAUUGGUUGUGAGAAAGAAGAUCCUCUUUGUCUUGCCAUCUUUGAAGAAACCGGUCGACUUCUCGCUCGACAUAUCGUGGCACUUUCCAAGAAAGCCCAUAACGAUCUUAAACUAUGUCAUGGCGGUCUUAAAACGAUAUGCGUUGGAUCCGUUUGGAAAUCGUGGAAAUUCAUGAAGGAAGGUUUCAUGGAUGAAAUUCACAGUGGAUUGGUCGUCGAUGAACUUAGCCUUCUCAAUCUAACGGCUACGUCCGCGUUGGGAUCGUCCUAUCUAGCUGCUGAAAAGAUCGAUUGCCCUUUCGUUAAGUCUUACGACGAAAACGUACAAGUCUUUUUCCAUUAUAAACGCGAUAAUUACGGUAAAAUAGAAAAUUCACAACGAACUCGACAGUGCAUAAAAAAUGAUAAUGAUAAAAGUAUUAAAAUAGUUACAACUACUUGUUAAAUUAGAAUAAUUAAUAUUUCUAUCCGAGGUAAUUGAAGGUUACAUCGUUAAGAAACUAAUGAUAUCUAUUUAACGACUUCUAAAGACUGCAAUAUUUCUACAGUUGUAACAGUCAUACAAAAUGAAUAAAACAUUUUAAUAAGAAUUUAUCACUGCGAUCGUUUUAUCGUUUGAUAGAAAUUUAACGCCAAAUAUUUACGUAAUAAUUAUAAUUAUAAUUUAAGAGUAUAAAAAAAAAAUUCAGUUUAAAAAAUUGAAGUACGAUUCGGACGUGGCGCCAAGAAUGCAGCUUUUAAAAUGUACAAAAUUAAAAUGUCUUUUUUAACCUGUAAUUGAUUUCAUUCGAAAUUUCGUAACUUUUUAAAGGAAAUGGGAAUAAAAAAACUUUGGGAUGCCUUUUGGGAAUGCAUAUAUCAGGCAGCUGGAGUUAUCGUUAAAAUCAUACUUUAUUUUAUUCUUUUUCUACUCAGUUUAAUAUUCUUUAUCGCAUCCACGGCUGCAACUGUAUUUUUUGUCCUAUAUCUUCUCGGAUAUGUAACGAUGGAAAAUGACGAACAUAGGCAAUCAUAGAUAACUGAAAAAGAAACAGGUAUAUAUAUAAUGAUAAUAAUAUAUAUAUAUAUAUAUACAUAUGGAUCCAUACAUAUGCGUAACACUCCAUACUUAGCGUAAAGGCUACGUAAAUAAUUUUCAUCGAGUUAAAAUACUUCCCAUUUAAAUCUUUAUAAAAAUUUUCCAGAGAGAUCCUUUAAAAAUUCGAUAUAAAAGCAUUUUAGUUUAUAAAUGUGAAAAAAUACAAUGAAGUGAAACAAUUAUUACCAAGAAGAAAAAGUUAUUCUUCGUUGCGCUGCGUAGUCUUAUAUAUAUAUAUAUAUAUAUAAAGGGCAGACGAUGAAAUACAAGGAAUUACAGGCUAAUAUUUGAGGGCGCUAUUCGCAAUUAUCGCGAAAUUUUUAAAUUACUAUAAGCAUGCGGUACUAUAAACAUACUGCACGCGAUACUUGAAAUAACAUCAACAAUGAUAUUGUAUGAAAAAUAUAUUCAUGUAAGCGUAUCACAAUAUCUCGUGUACAUUAUAACAUUUAUAACUUGUACACAUAUCAUUUAAUUAUAACUCUUCUUUUCGUUUUUUCUAA